GGGUACUACUUGCUGAUCUUGUUGAUUAUGAGACAUUGCCAUCUCGUUUUAAAUCCUUAUUUUUGUAUAUCAUUCAGCAGGAUUAGAAGUGUCCUGUUGCGUUGUUAUCUAGCCACUCUCUAUAUCAAACUAAAUAAUAGGUCUAUACUAAUAGCAAUUAAAUGAAUGGACAUCUGGUGGAAACUGAAUAAUUAAAAGACAGAUAGUAUGAUUUAUUCAUUGGGAUCUGCGGGCGAGUGACUCAAUUACGAUGAAAUCAAAUCAUUCAACGAGCAAUGUCAAAAGUCUUGGUAAUUAAUUAACAUACAAGUGAGAAAGUUCAAGUUCUGUCAUUCAAUUACACAACACUGCAUAUAAUUUAUUACUUUUCAUGAACAAUAGGCCUUAGUGCAUUUUACUUAAAUUGGUUUGUGAUUUCGUAUGAGCGUCAAUAGUGCCUGGAUCGGGAUCGAGAUAGUAGCUGCAUCCUGAGCUCCAAAGCAAAAUUAAAAAUUGUGAAGAUUUAAAAAAUGACGGAAACUGUUCAUAAACUGGAGAGUUUCCUGUCUAAGGAUAAUCAACAACAAGGAGUAAUCUUAGCAAAGAAUAUAGGGACGGAUUACUCGUACAAGCACACAGUUGUGUGGCAGAAUGUGAUAGGAUUUGUCAUAUUACACGUGCUUGCACUGUGGGGUUUGCUAAUAUUGGUGACUGGAGGAAUCGGAAUUAACACCUUCAUUUGGACUAUUUUUGUAACAUACUUGGGAGCAGAAGGCAUUACAACUGGAGCUCACAGAUACUUCACUCACCGAACAUUCAAAGCAACUCCACUCUGCAGAGCUAUACUGCUCACUCUGCAGACUUUAGCUGGACAGAACUGCAUGUUCAUAUGGUGUCGUGAUCACCGGCUGCAUCACCGCUACUCGGACACUGACGGUGACCCGCACAACUCCAAGCGCGGCUUCUUCUUCUGUCACAUGGGCUGGCUCAUGCACAAGAAGCAUCCCUAUGUCAUCGAACUCGGACGGAGGAUUGACAUGAGUGAUAUGCAAUCGGACUGGAUGGUCAUGUUCCAAAAAAAAUACUAUUACCCUUUAUAUCUUCUAUUGGCAAUAUUUAUACCGAUGUAUGUACCAGUACAUUUCUUUGGAGAACAUUGGUGGAACUCACUGCUGGUUUGCUACUUCUUGCGUUACGUAUAUUCACUACACGGCACUUGGUUUGUAAACAGUAUCGCUCAUCUUUAUGGGACCAGACCAUAUGACAAGAACCUGCAACCAGUGGAGUCGUGGUUCGUAUCCGUGGUGACAUUAGGAGAGGGGUGGCACAACUAUCAUCACGCUUUCCCCUGGGACUACAAGGCUGCUGAACUGAGUAACUUCAUUAACCAUUCAGCCACUUUUAUCGAAUUUCUUGACAUGAUCGGGCUUGCAUAUGAUUUAAAAACCGCCUCACCUGAAAUGGUACUAAAUAGAAUAGUGAGGACAGGUGACGGCAGUCACUACUUGCUGGGUGACGAAGAGACACGCAAGGCGGUGACGGCGUGGGGGCCGCUACACCCGCUCAACCCCACUUACAACUCUACGCUGAAGCCCCCGAGCGCUGUGCUCAAACCUGAGGGACUGCCUCUCUUUCAUGAGAAAGAUGUCCUUAAUCUUAAGAUAUCAAGAAGAAGUGCUAGUACCGCUUAGAGUUUUGGGAGUUGUGUAUAUGGGGUGUCCUUAUAUACAGAAAUGCCAGUACUGACCGAUAAUUUUCCCGGGUCAAAUGCUAAACUGAUUAUGAGCAAUUCAUAUUGGCUAGAAGUUGUUCGAGUCUAAUUUUAACUUUGAAGGAUAUACCCAAGUUCUACGUGAAUCGGAUAGUGUACCUCAGUAUUGUUUUACAAAUAAGAAGAUUUAAACUUACUUUAUUAUGACUUUGAUUAUAAUUAGUUGUAUUUUUUUAUAAUAGACAUUUGUUUAAUUUGUACUUUAUGAAAUAUACAUUAGAUAUUCACCUGAACAAGUAUUUCUUUAACAAUAGAAACAAAAUUAGAUCAUUGUCAUUGUCACGCAGUAUCAAUGUUUGGCAUAUUUUAAAAUAAAUUAAGUAGCCGAGUACCUACUUAAUUAUUCAAGGUUCUUGUCCUAAUUUUGUCAUAUCUUUGAUACUGGAAUUUAUAAAUAUUGCAUGCAUUUGGUUUUAACUCAUUAUUUCAUUGGUAUUUUCUAUGUUAUGUAAACUUGUAAAAGAAUGACAAAGUCACAUCUUUCUUAGUUUGGUCUGGAUAAACCGUGGGGGUUUGGACUCCAUAAUUUAUGUAUGUGAUGCGGUAUCAGCAGUAUAAAAGUCAGUG